ACUUACCACCCAAAUGAAUACAGCAUAUUUUAGACACAUUCUGAACUGCUGCUGAGGUUUUAUAGAAAAGAGCAGCAUAUCUUCCAGCUAAAACGAAAAGCUUAAUGCUCAUAGUUCAACACACCUAUUCUCACAGUUAUAGCUGUCAUGGGAGAGUUCAUUAAUAAUGAAUCCUUCUGGAGGGCAAUGUUUCAAAGUAGUACAUGCUCUAAUAUACAUAUCCAGAAACUAUUAUGGGAAUUGAAGUCACUGCCUAAGGGUUUACUUGCCUUAGCUCACCACUGCUAUAACCUCUAACUUCAUUCAACUUUAUUUCAGAGUGAUUGUAAGGACACAUUCUCUUUCAUGGUAAUGGAAUGGGAUCAUGAGUUUAGAAUCUCAUUUGGGUGUAUUAUUAAUGGUGGCUAUUGCAACCACACGGUACCAUGCACUGUACAAUUAAGUGUUUCAUACAUUCCCUAAGGAUUUAUUUUCCUGUUUCUAAUAACUGAAAAUUAUUAAAUGGUUAACUAAUUUUCAGGAAUCUAAAUGGCCUCCUAAAUAUCAAUGGCAACAAUGUGAAUUUGUUCAAAUUGUGUCAUCUGAUAAGGAUGGAAUUCAUUACAUUAACAGAACUUGGUCAGCAGGCUUGGUGAGACUAGUCCAAUACCUGAAAUAGUUAACUUGGGACAUGACUCAUUGAUCAUUCUGUCUGGCCCAAUUGAUUGGUCCCUUUGACUUGGUCAGUUGAGUACAAUUAGUUGUACUACACAUGCAGAUUUAUAUCAUAUCCAAACAUAAUCACAACCUAUAGUACAAAUAUUUGAAAAGUUUAAAUGGCACGCAUUUGACAUGUAUUGAUGUCCAGAGCUUGGCCAUGAGAUGGUUGGCAGUAUUGGUAACAUGUCCUACUGUGUCUGUGUGGUGUCCUGCUGUCAACAAUUGUGUGGUAAAACUAGCCCCAGGCCAUUGUCCAGUCGUUUGGUGGAUCGAUCCUCGCAUUUUAUGAGUCCUGCUUGCAACAGAUUGGAGAGACACUCACUGUAGCUAUGCUCAGAGAUGGGUUGCCUAUCUCUUCAAUCGGUGGAAACAAAAGUUUAAUUCUACCAAAUAAUCCGCUCUUUCUGAAGCAAGUGGAACACACAACCUAGUUGAAAUCAUAAGGAUAUGUGAAAUAGAAGAUGGGGGAUUGGAACUUGUUGGGGAGUAUCUUAGAAGAGGUACAUAUUCAUUCAACCAUUGUGGGAAAAAUCUGGCUAACCAUCCUUUUCAUAUUCCGGAUGCUCGUACUUGGUGUGGCAGCAGAGGAUGUUUGGGACGAUGAGCAGAGUGAGUUUGUGUGCAACACGGACCAGCCUGGGUGUAAGAAUGUGUGCUACGACGAUGCAUUCCCCAUUUCUCUUAUCCGAUACUGGGUGUUACAAAUAAUUUUUGUGUCCUCUCCCUCUCUGGUGUACAUGGGACAUGCACUGUACCGUUUGAGGGCCCUUGAAAAAGAAAGACACAAAAAAAAAGCUUUCCUGAAAGCAGAGCUAGAGGGCGCUGAGCCCGUUCAUGAAGACAGACAGAGGAUAGAGAGGGAGCUGAGGAAGCUGGAGGAACAGAAGAGAGUAAGGAAAGCUCCACUCAGGGGCUCCUUGCUGCGCACAUAUGUUUUCCAUAUCUUGACGAGGUCGGUGGUGGAGGUUGGCUUCAUAGUCGGACAAUAUGUACUCUAUGGCAUUGGGCUGGAUCCUUUGUACAAAUGUGAGAGAUUGCCUUGCCCAAACAGUGUGGAUUGCUUUGUGUCCAGACCAACUGAGAAGAACAUUUUCAUGAUCUUCAUGCUCGUCAUCGCUGGGGUUUCUUUGUUCUUGAAUCUCCUCGAGAUAUUCCACCUGGGAGUGAAGAAAGUCAAACAAAGUCUGUAUGGAAAUAAAGGUGCAGAUGAUGACAGCAUAGUAUACAGGUCCAAGAAAAACUCCAUGGUCCAGCAGGUGUGUGUCCUUACAAACUCAUCUCCCCAAAAGAUGAUGCAGUUCACUCAGACAUCUUGCACAAUGGAUGCUGUCCCCUUGUACAUGCCUUCAGUAGCUCCUCACAACGAUGGUGGUGGCACCAACGGUUCAGAGCAGUACCCUAGACAGCUGGGGGCCGUGGAGCGCUGCUACACCCUGGACCAGAGGAACCACUCAUGCAGCAGUGAUGACUCCAACAGGCCUAAAGGCUCAGGCCAAACUAGGCACAACGGAGCACAGCCACCUCCUUCACUCCUGGCCAGCCAUAUGGAGAUACCAGCAGCCCUGCAGAACCAGCUGCGCAAACAGAGCCGGGUCAGCGCUCUGCAAGACUUCAGUGACAUGAGUGAUUCACCUGACAGUGACCACUAUCCCACGGCGAGGAAGGCUAGUUUCAUGUCCCGGGGACUCUCUCAGACCAACCUGGCCAGUCCUUCUGAUAGCCCGAACUCCGGGAGUGGGGCGGACACAGAGGCCAAGCGUAUCGCCCAAGGAGAGAGCCCACCUAUGACCCCGCCUCCAGCCAGUGGACGAAGAAUGUCAAUGAGCAUGAUUCUGGAACUGUCUUCAAUCAUGAAAAAGUGAGAACUGGCUGAGGGACCAGAAGGAUUUUGGUGGGGACCCUGAUCGCAAAGCGACACUUCCUUCUAAUUGCCUAAUUGUAUUCAUAAUAACAUAUGUAUAGAGCUCGCAAGUUUGUAAUCCUAAAAACUGGAAAAUUAGUUAGCACUGUUUCGUUCAGCCAUUCCUAUGGGGGAAUUGAAUAAGGAAAGAAUGGGGCUUUAGGAUGAACACCGAAAAUAAGGUCUUCGUAGCUCUUCUACGUUUUUGUUCUAUGAGAUAAUAUCAGUCAGUUAACAUGACCUUUAUGAAUUAUGAACCCUUUAUGUGCUCGUUUUGAUUACAUAAAUGCUUUGAAAUUCACAAAAAGUGACAGCUGUUGAAGAUGAUCUCAUAGAACAAAACAUUUUAGACCUACUAAGCUUGUGUUUAAUACAGACCUUAUUUUCGGGCAUUUAUCCAAAAUGCCUCAACAACAACAACAAAAUGUUUUUCCAAAAGGCUUUGGCCAACGAGCCAUGUUGGAGUUAGUUCCUACAAAAAGACGCCAUUACUAUGUCUCUAUUGUGGACGAGAAGUGAAUGCUUUAGUACAAUUAUGUUGGCAUGGGUAUUCUAAUUUCUAUUUUUUUAUUUGUCACAUGCUAUCUUUGCGGUAUCACAUUUCAGAUCAUUUUUGUGGAAUUUAUGAGUGAAAGCACAUUAAAAUGACGUUUGACUUAAAGUGAGCAUGUUCAUAUGAUGAGACAUUGGCCUUCUAAGGAAAUUCUUAAAUUUUAAAAGAUUCAUGGCUUGUGAUCGCUAAUACACUUAAAACACUGGGAUAUGACCUCCACUAUACAAAAUAUUUUAUCUCAAAAUGUAAGAAUGAUUUUUGGAAGCACUUUGAUAUUGUUUACUGUACAGAAUGAUGAUAAAGUUGGAGAUAGAAUGGCUCUUCAAAUUCAACUAAAUGUGAAUUUAUUAAUGAACCGUUUUAUGGAUGUUUUUUCUAUUAAAUACAUUAUCUUCAA